AAAAGAAGCUGUGAAUAGUUUUCGUCAGUCAGGAAGCAGAGUGAGAGUAAAAAAAAUUGAACAACCCGAUGACAACUGUCUCCGGCGCCGUUGUUCCACCAUUCCUAUCUCCUCCUCCGCUUCGUCGCCCAUUCUCCCGCCAUCAUCUCAGUCUGACCAAGAUUCCUAGCGCUGUCUUGCGGAGGAGGAAACAGGUCGUUGUUGCUUUAGCGGCGGUUACGGCUUCAGAAUCGCCAUCAGAAGCAGCAGCAGCGUAUGAUCCGGAGCUCCGUUUGGUUUUCGAGCUCGCCACAGAUUCCGAGCUAUACGAGCUCGAGAGUAUCCUCUUUGGUCCCAGCUACUUUAGCCCUCUGUUGAAAUCAAUCCCUAACAAAGGAAGAGGAGGAGGUGAGAGGUUGAUGAUAGGGGAAGAUAUUGAGGUUCGAGAUGGUUUUAUCCAAUCUCUUGAAUCUAGAUUCUUGUUUCUCGCUGCUGAUGCUCGCUCCACUCUCAGGGGUUGGAGACCUUCAUACAGAAACGUUCUACUUGCGGUGAGGAAUAAGUUGAGUAUUCCCUGCUCUAGCCAUUUGCCAACGGAGGAUCUCGAAGCUGAGAUCUUUCUUUAUCUUGUUGACAAUUUCUCUAGUGAAGCAUCAGGGAUAUUCCCUGGCUUGUGGGAUAGCUCUCAAGCAUCAGAGGUGCAGGGAAGCUUAGAAGUCGGGCUCAGUAAAUGGAAAGUUGAACUACUUGCUGCUCUAGAAGUAGGUGCUUCCGAGGUCCAGUCUAUGAUUCUCAAGGGUGGUGGGAUGAUCACAUUUGCCAAGAUUUAUCAGUUGUUGGCUAAGAGACUAUCUGGAAAAGUAAUCCUUGAAGCUGCCAACUACCAGAUAAGGAGAGAGAUGCUUAAAAAGGGUGGACAGUUAGCUGCCAUUAACUUGGAAUCAAGAGCAGCUCUGCUUGCAGCAAAACAAGGGUUUGUAGGAGCUGCAUCCAGAUACCUUGGGUUAAGAACAGUGAUGCAAUUAGUCGGUCCAAUGAUGUGGGGGACGUUACUAGCUGAUUUGGUUAUUCAGAUGCUUGAAACUGACUACGCUAGAAUCUUACGAGCAAUUUACGCGUUUGCACAGAUUCGAAUCACGAGGACAUACAGGCUACCUUGUAAAUGAAGUUAAAGUUAUUUUCUCUCGACUCUGUGUCUCCACUGUCUCUACGUAUUAUGUAGGUAACAAUGUUUAAUUAUCACUCGCCAUAUGUGGUUCAUGUGAAAUUAGAUGUUACCCGAAUGGAAAAAGAGCGCCAUGGCUAAACGAGCGAGUUUAGCUUCUUUCGAACGAGCAAUUACUAUCACGUGUGAAUCAAGAAACUUCUUGAUUCAUACAAAAGGAAUAAUAUAUUUUGCGGAAAUUUCUGAGUAAAUUGAGUGAGAAACGCGAGGAGUAACGACUUAGAAGUGAGUUUCAAGUUCGAUUUUGCAGCUUUCUUUGUUGAUUUUUCUCAAAUCAAGAAAGAUAUAGAAACUGGACUCUCUUGGAAAAUAUUGAUUGGUGUCUCAGAACAUUUUGACGCUAGUAUAUUGUCAUAAAUUAAUAAUUUUGUACACUUAAUAUUUUAUCUAUGAUAAUGUGAUUCUAGUUCUUUUUA